GGAUCAGUCACGUCUUAGCUCCAGCCUGCAAUGCUUCUGCUACUGAUUGGCUGCGAACGGAAGAGUUGGUUCAGUGGGGGUGGGGUGCCAUGUGUUCACCAGGCAGCAGUAGACAAUCUGUGCUGUUAAGGCAAUAGAACCGUGAACGAACGCUGAAUAGAUGACAGUUUAUGAAUGGCUUGGCAUUCCCAGAGAGGUCAGGGGAGGCAGUCUGGGGGAUUCUCGCAAAGAAAGUACGUGCCCAGGAGGCCCCUGGUCCAAAGCAACCGGUCUGUCUGUGGGGAGAAUGAAGUGGACCAGUUACUAGACCUCCUUUCUACUCUCAGCGAAGAUAGGCCUCCCUACUUAAGUGUCUCUGAUGAGGUGCUGGACAGGCACACAUCUGAGCCUGUCUUGAGACCGAAAAACCUGAGCCGCAACACUGACUUAACAGAACGUGGUCCCACUUGGAGUGCCAAGCUUGGGAAGUUGUCCCAUCAGGGAAGUGAGGAGAAAGGGUCAGAGGUCAAUUUGACUGACAGGGAUAUCCUUGUUCCUAUUCGGUUACAAGGGGGUGCUUCAUUGACCUCUGGUCAUCCUUAUGGCUCAAUUGCGGGUCGAGGUGAUGGUGGCAACUGUGUCAAUUGGCUUGGGAAAUGGGGCAGGGGACGUCAACAGCCAGUGGAGAGAGAAUGUGUCUCUUUUGUCCAAAAAUGCAACAGCGGUUCACUAGGUUCUACUUUUCCCGGAGAUGCUCCUUUCUACCCUGCAGUUCCCGACAUGCUAGACAGGCGUCAGGGGGAACAUGGAAAGCCUGCCUGUCCGAAGCAGAAUGAAAAUGUGUCAACAUUCCAGGAUCUACUAGAGUCCUCCUGGACAUCUGCGAGCUUGCAUAGGUCAAUGUUGGAUCUGGAGAUCGGCUUAUCAGUUGUGGAUCUAGGCCUACUACCCCAGGCACUGAAUACCUCUGGAGACUUGGCCUUAUCUCCUGUGAAUCUUGGAUCUCCUUUAGAUCACGAAUCUCAUGGCCCUAGGCCCUCUAUCUCUUGCAAUGCAAAAAUGUCAUGCUCCAUCAUCCACUGUCACAAAGGGGGCAGAAGGUGUUCUACCAGCAAGGAUGGGUCUUCCACAAGUCUAUAUAAGGCUAACAGGGAAACCGAGUUCUCUGAACUCCGUCUUCAAAGCGAAAUCGCAAAGAAUGCUGGACAACAAUCAACAAACAUCCAUUCUCCUAGUGUAUCAGUGAAGGCACACAUUAAACCAUGGAGGGAAGCUGAAAGAAAGGCAGAAAAGAAGACUGAUGUUUUUGCAAAGGCAGACAAGAAGACUGAUGUUUUUGCGUCGACCAUGCGUGGCUCAGAUUUCCCAAGUAAUAUGUACUUUUUACCUGCAAGCCUCUCUCAGUAUAGCUUCAGCGGUAGACAAAACAGCACAGAGGUGGCGUACCCUGAGCAUAAUACAAAAUGGUCCAAUGAAUUCUCAGGUCAAGCUAAGUCCGAUUCAGUGGACACUGUGCAUAGUUUUUACCCUACUUUAAAAGGGGUGGAGGAUUUGUUUGAGGUGCCGAGAGUCACAACAAGUAAUCCAGCUGUGUCACAUUCUCUCUUGUGGGAAGAAAGACUUGGAAUCACUAAGAAUUUGGGUCAAAUUACCCUCUCGGACAGAGAGAGGGCAGCUCACCUGAAGCGAAGCACUCCGAAUGCCUCAAGCCAAGACAACAGAGAGGGCCUCUCUCUGCUCCUCCAUAGCCAUGGCAGAAGAACUCCUGGGUCAACUACUCCUGAAAGGCAAUGUCAGAGCGACCCAUUAGUUACAACACACACAGGCACAUUGCAUACAUUGACAGGAGGCGCCAGUGGUGAAUUUCUUGGUGAAAGAGAUCUGUCUGCAGUUCAUCAGUCCUUGCCUACGCCUAUUGACGCAGUAGAGAUUCAUAGCCCCAGUCUUGUGGAGACAAUAGAGGACAGCAGGUGGCUGGCACUCUACAGAUUCAGACUGCAGUUGCGCUGCUUCAGGACAUGGGACCAUCAGUGGAGGUCACACACACGGGCCAGACUCCAGCACCGGAGACACUUCCUGAGGACCGGCCUCUCUGCCCUGAGGUGGGCUGUGGUGACCCGACGUGCCCAGACAGACACCCUUGCCAGGAGGACGGAUGCCCUGACCCUCGCCCACUGUUUCCAUCGGUGGAGGACGUGUGUGGGACAGAUGCAUUGUCUCAACGUGAGCCCUGGCUCUGUGCGGGGUGACAUUGGGGUCGUGUGCCUGCUGAGGAGACUGACCCAGCCCAGCAACACCCUGGUCCUGAGGACGGCCUACUGUGCCUGGAGGAGCCACAUCCAGGGCAUGCAGCUCGGCAGGGCAUCGCUCAUACACUACCAUCUGACUCUGCUGUUUAAGCACUGGCUGGUGUGGAGGCAGGCUGGUGUGAGGCUGCAGGCGUGGGCGCUGCAAGCCCAGAGGGCAGCCCUCCACUGGGACCACAGGCAGCAGAGUCAGGCCUACGCCUUGUGGAGAGCUGCCUGGGUCACAGCACGUCUGGCCACAGAACAGCACAGGAGGGUUGCCCAGCGCUGGCGUGAGCGCACACACGGAGCCCGGUUGCAGCGCGUGUGUGUCGAGGCCGAACAGGUGCUCUCCAGACAAAUUUUAGCAGUGGCCUUUGGGAGGUGGCACCAGGAGUUUGCCCGGGCAGACUGCGGGCACAGACUGGUGCAGAGGUGGCACGACCUGCUGGAGUGGAGGAGGCUGCAGGAGGCGUUUACAUCCUGGAACCGCAGGGUCCUGGUCAGGAGAGGGGCCCUAGAGAUACAGGAGAGAAGGCAACGGGCACAGCUCUCACACAUCCUGCGUGGCUGGCGGGGUGUGGCCGAGCGCAGGGCGGCGUGCGUGUGUUACUGCAGCGAGAGGAAUGACCGGAUGGCCGCACACACCCUGCAAAGCUGGAGGAGAGCCACAGCGCUACGGUCCCGACACACACGCCUCCUCACACACCUGCUGGAGAGGAGGAGGACACAGGCGCUGACCCUAGGGACACUGACAGAUGUUGUAGGGAAUAUGAGGCCGAGUGAGGCGGUGACGCCAAGGUUGUAUGGUGGUGCCAGGCUCCUCACAUUGGAGGAGUUGUGUGACAACCUGCAGCUCCAGACAAGCCUUCACUCCUGGAGGAGGGAGAAGAGCAAGCUCCAGCUAGCCAGACUGUACUGUGUGGCCCGGGCGAGGGAGCAGGUGAGAUUGGCGCUGCGGCGUUGGCACGAGCUGGCGUGGGAUUCCCAGGCCUGCAGGAUGCACAGGUUCAGGACUAGACUGGCAGUGCUGGAAUCCUCUUCCUCUGGGUUCGGCAGCACCUCUCCCCUCUCCCUGAAACUUGCUGUGGCAGAGCAUAACAUCAGCACGGAGCUCAGCGAUUGGUCAAACAGCUCCUCUUCAGCACAGAUGGACAGAGGACGCCCCCUACUGGCCUCAUCCCCAUUGGAAAGUCUCAAGACCUGCUUCCAGGUCGAGAACCAUGUUGAUUUUGCAGAGGGUGACCAAACCUUCUGCCUCUUGCAUCAAAGUCUCCCAGAUCACAAGAGCUCACCCAGAUUAAAGGGUGUCAUGGGGAGUGUGGUGGGCCGGAUGCUACGUCCCUCCCUCAGUGUGGCCUUCUCUCAGUGGAGGGACUAUGUCAGAGUCGGCAGGGAGCAGCGACGCCUCAUGGGCCUGAUGGCAGAUGUCCGCAGACGGGCCAUGCUUGGCACCGCCCUCAGCCUGUGGAGGAGACACACCCAGAGCCUCAGCACCGCAGCCAUACAGAUGGAAACUGCAAUUCUGACUUUCUCUGUGGCUCACUGGAGAAGGGUGGUCGCUCACCAAAGGUCAAAGGUCACCCUGCAGAGGAUGGCCGACGACUUCCACACCACGGCAGUCCUCAGGAGCUGCUUCUUAACAUGGGAGAAAAAGCGGACGUUGAUUAGAGUAAGGCCAGACCCGGAGGCCCGGGCCCAGCUGGUGAAGAGGGCGGUGUGGCUGCGGAGGAGAGGAGAGAGACAGAGGACCCACAGCACCUUCACCCUCUGGACAGCACGCCUCAGACAAAGCCAGGCCGUCACCGCCUUCUACACACACACCACGCUCACCAGGGUGUUUACGGCGUGGGAGCAAUGUGUCCACUCCCAGAGGGAGAUGAGCGCCCUAGCCCGGGCCCACCUCCACCAGAGGCUGCUUGGCCAAGCCCUGGCCCACUGGAGGGAGUCUGCCACCCGCAGCCUUGAGUUCCGCAGGAGAGGCCAGGAGAGACUGGCGCUGUGGGCCAGACAGAAUCUGCAGCACUGGAGAGAUCAUACCCAGAGGAUGUGUGAGCUGAGACAGCUACUGGGUCAGUACGUGGAGAGUGAGAGAAGGGCAGCGAAGAAGAGAGCUCUACACACCUGGGUCCAGGCCACUGUGAAUGUCAGGAAAGCCCAAGACGUACACCAGCAGGCUUUCAUGAGCAGUUGUUUCGGCCUUCUACUCAGACUACUGCAGCGAUGGCACGCCCAGGCCCAACGCAGCGCCAGAGAGCAGAGUGCCAUCAUAGCCAUGAAGACGCAGAGGCACAGAAGAACUCUGCUUGCGGCUUUUACUACCUGGAAGGAGCGUUUCCUCUACCAGCAGAGCUUAGCCAGGGCAGCAGCACGCCACUGGAGACAGAGGGCACUUGAAAGCAAGGCAGCGAGCCACCGCGUCACCUGUCUGACCUGGUAUUCCUUCACCCGGUGGAGAUGGGCGCUGCACAGACGGAGAGACAGGUGCCAGCGGGCGAGGGUGCUGGGCAGGGAGUGGGCGCGGCGCGCCAAGCAGAGCGUGGAUGACCAGGAGAGGGCGACGGAGCUCCUUCAGCAGAGACAGAGGAGAGACGUCGCAGAGAGGUUCUACUACUGGAUCACAGCCCAUCAGUCCUCACUGACCAGUUUGGUAUUCCACAACCAGACUCUGUGCAAGAGGGUUUUCCAGGGCUGGCAAGCCUACACCGGCCCUGCACUAGCACGUAAGCACAAAGUUGCCAGGUUCCAUCUUGGCAGAGCCAGGAGGCUGGUGGCCCUGUGUUUUACCCACUGGAGGAGUGAGCUGGAGCAGGCUCGAAACAGACUGAAGGUCCUGGAGCAGAGACUGAAACACAUACACUUCAAACUCACUGCUGUCACCAUGAACCACUGGAGAACGGCCACUAGAGGGUGCAUAGCGCUCAAACACUUCAACAGAGGGACAAUACGCCAGUGUUUUGAUCACUGGAGGGAGAGGACGCGCACAUCCAGAGCAGUCACUAUACUGUGUGUACAGAGAGAGAGGAGAGGGGCACGUGAAGUUCUGUUAUGUUGGUGGAAGUGGACUAAAGAGUCUAGAUGCCAGAGGCAGAUGGAGGAGGCAGUGUGGCUGUGGCUGGAGGGUCGCAGAGUGACCAGAGCCUUCCAACUGUGGCUCAGAGUCCACCAUCGCCUCCAAGAGGCCUCACGGCUGGGACGGGCUCACCUAAUGCGCAGGUCUUUUCGGGUCUGGCGAGGGGUAGUGACGGAGAGCCUGUCAACUUUUCAGACGGCGGAGUCACGGCUACGCACCCACCAGACCCAAUCAGCUUUCAGUGUCUGGAGAAGGCGCACCGUGUCCCAUAAUCUCUUAAGUGACCUGGUCCAGAGAACUAAAUCCAGGCAGAGGAGUCGUCUGCUGAGAUCAUCUCUCCACACCUGGCACCAAGAGGUCCAGUUGCGUAAAAGACUAUCUCUACACCUCUCACAGAAGUACUUUGCCUGCUGGGUGAACAGAAUUGGCAUCAGACGCAUUGAAAGGAAGAAUCAGUUGGAGGCUAGACUGAGGGAGUGUCUAUGGUGGUGGCGUUUAGGUGUGCUACUGAAAAGAGCUCGGAGGAGACUCACCCAGGUGUUGUGGGUCAGCUGGAGAGACCAGACCGCUGCUGCACUCCUACUCAAGACCCUGCACACUGACCGACUGCAGCAGGGGGCGUGGCUGAUAUGGAGGAAGAGACGCAUCAGAACCCGGGUGUCUGAGACCUUUGCCGCGCAACUGGACCAAGCCCUCAUUGCGCAGGUGUUCAACAUGUGGCGGCAGAAGCAUGCUCUUCGCUCCACAGCGACCGACACGUGACCUACGGUAUAGGGAGAAGUAGCUGUCCUCUGCUCCGUCAACCCUUGGCCUCUCCCCCCAACUCCUAGCCCCUAUAUGGUAGGGGAGAUCACGAGUAGUGUGUGGCUUUUCACCAUACUACCAGUACAGCACUUCAUAUUUCAAAAUAGAGGUUCACUUUUUGGUUUCUUGGGUCAAUGUCAUCUGGCAACAGUCAUUGCUCACAUUUCAAAUGUAUUGUUUUGAAAACAUGUGCCAACCAUUCUCAUAGAUGUUGGCUUUUACCUCCUUUGAAUGCUCUUAGAAGUGGAAACUAGUGUGGGGAAACUACUAAGAACAGCUUUGAGACAUAAUAGAUACACUGUUCAUAUUUCACACUAUUAAUCCUGGAAAGCAGCACACUGUGCGUGAGUGCCACUAUUAGAACUAAUUUAACUCCAGUAUUUGAAAUUCUUUCACAAUAAAUUACAUUCUGUGUAGACUUUUGUUUUUGUGAUUCCCAAUUGAACUGUGACUGUCUUAAUAUAACUUUGAAAUUGUAAUCAGAAUAUGAAACAAUCACUAUGUCCCAUAUUCUCUCCCAUAUGUAGAAAUAAGCAGACAAAACAGAAUAAAGUGGAUAGGUAGGUAGAA